AUGAAAUAUUUCGUUGUUGUAAUAGCCAUUGUGGAAUUGAGUCUGGCAAAUGCCUCAAAAUCUCCCGAUGAAGUUCAGGCUGAAGUUUUGGCUUAUGCACAGACUAAAGUUUCUUCUUUGCUAAGGACCCCGGCAAUUGGACGAGCUGGUGGUGGUUUGGCAUGUUACGAUAAAUAUAUUCCAUUGAUAACGGCCGCAACAGAAGAUUCUAAAAGUGAUACGGCGGCGUGUGUAAAUCGAGCCACAUCACGACGUGAAGAUGAGUUGAACAAAGUGAAACAACAGCGGGAGUCGUUGGAUCAACAGGUGAAAACCGUACAAGAGACAUUGGCAUCAUGUGUCAAACAGGAGGAUGUUUUGAGUUUCCUAACCUGCUUUAGGGAUAAUUCACAAGUUUUACAAAGUACCGUAACCCAGGUCAGCUUGAGCUCCACUUCGUUGGCAAAUGGACUAUCGGCAGCCUAUGUCAGCAUUGACAGCUCGGAAGAUGCCUGUAUACAAACAGUAUUGGAUAAGGUUAAGGCCGACACCGAUGCCUUAACGGUGGCCCUGCAAAAUUGUUUGAAAAAUGGUUUUGAUGAUGGUCAACCGGAUACCACUAGCCCAGCCACAGAUGAAUCCUCCUCAUCAACGGAGUCGUCAUCCUCGACGGAAUCGUCAUCUUCCACGGAAUCGUCAUCCUCCACGGAAUCGUCAUCCUCAACGGAAUCGUCAUCCUCAACGGAAUCGUCAUCCUCAUCAGAACCAUCGGAUGGUUCCAAUUUGCCCAACGAUCAAUCAUUACCCGAAGAAUCACUUUAA